AGCCCCCAAAGCCCCCCAACCCCUGGGGCCUGGCCUGGGGGUACCUGUCCUGGAUCCAGAGGCCGGUGCAGCAGCCCCAGCCCUGUUCUCACAGGAAAGAUCAAAGCCAGUGCUGGUGGCAGCUUGGUGCUUAUCUGGCUGCCUUUGGAGGGGAUCUUGGCACCCACUGUGUUGCCUCCUCAGGCACCUGGUGAUAUAAUUUACACCUUGAUAUCAUCGUCUCAACUUUUGCCUGGAUGGCUGCCUGAGGACCAGCCUUUAUUUUUAUGGGGAAGAUCAAGGCGGCCGGCCUGCUGGGGAGUCUGGCUAGAGUCUUGGGCAGAAAUGGGGCAGCCUCUUUGGCGCCACCUAGUGCCAGGUGCUGCCUAUGGCGAGGAGGUUCCCACUGAUCCACCGGCACACUUGGUGAUGGGCUGGGCAUCAUGGUCAAUGACAGACUGCCAGGGGUUUGAACUUCACCUUGACAACUGUAAGUGGGGAUCUGACAGAUUGGAAGGGGUGGGCUGAUGCUAUGCAGGACAAGGACAGGUCGGGAGUGAGGCUGCCUGUGAAGCUGGCAUCCAGGGGGCUGUGGACUUUGGGGAGGACACAGGUGGUCAAGGGAAAAGCCACAGCUCCUGCCGGCCACCAAGGGAGGUCAGCCCGGCCCCCGGCCCUCUCCAGCUGCUCUUGGCUUUGUCCUGCCUCCUCCCAGGGCCAUGCUAAGCGCCAAGCUUGCAGGAAACCUGCUUCCUGGAGCUGGGACUUCCCCAUGGGGAGUGCAGGGGCUCCUAGGCAUGGCUGGCCCCAGGCCACUGCCUUCUUGGUCAGGAACUCGGGGCAGCUGCUCACUUGGCCAGGUGUGCAGCGAGGGGUGGGUGGCUGUGCCGCCCCUCCCAUUCCUCCUGCGUGGCUCAGAGGCUGGUAGAUGCUGCAGGCACGCAGGGCCAUGGAGCCCUCUACUUGGCGGAGGCUUGGCACAGGAUGCCAGUCCAGGGCAGCAGAAUGCAAGUGGCAGGGAAGCUGGGAAGUGCGCAGCCCCCGUGUCAGGGUGGCCCUGAGCUGGCGCUGGUGUUGGGAGGGGAGCCUGUGUCGGGUCGUGGGUGGGGGAGUCCUUGGGAGCCACACACAAAGCUUGUGCUGAGACACCGCAUUCCUGCUGGCCUGGCUUCCUGUUUCUAGAUGCAUUCUUGUCCCGGAGUCACCGCAGAGACCCACGUUCUGCAGACUCGGGACGGGAUUCGCGUGGGCUGCCUCCCUGCACCUCCCCGCCCUCUCACCGGGGCCCCCAGGCCGCCUCACUUCCUACCCAGGGAGGGCAGAGCUGGGGUUCGGCAUGGCUGGGGGUUUGAUGCUGCACGGCCCGCCUCCUGGGCUGAUGGAAAGCGCUUCCUGCCAAGCCGGCAUUCUUGGUUUCCCUCUGACGGUGGGGAAGGGGGGGGUGGAGUUGGACCAGGGCUUGCAGGCGGUUCAGGCUCUUGGCUCUCCUGCCUGCCUGGGGCGUGGCUUUGGGCCACAGUCUCCCCAUGUCACCAGCAACAGGGCACAGAAACUAACUGGUGGUUUGUGGGUCUCUGCUGAACGCUGGGGGCGGGGCGGGGAGGGUGUGUCCGGUUGGAGGGCCCCAGGAGGGUGCAGAGUGAGGCAGAUUGGCUUCUCCCUCCUAGUGAGUGAACAGCCACUGGUCCCCGGGGCCCCAGUCCCGCCCCCCAGAGGCCCAGGUGCAAGUUUGCACGUCCACCUGCUCCCUUAGCUGUCUCCAGGGCAUUCGGCCCCGUUAGGGUUCCCCAGCCCUGACCCUCGUCCAGGGAGAGCGAGCUCAGAGGCCACCAGUCCCUGGCUGGUCACCUGGUGGUUUACCUGCCUGGGCUCCAUUUAAAACCAGGAAGCAGUGGCAGCAGCAUCCUAGGGAGACACGGGCCCCCUCCUGCGGCCUCCAGGCUACUCCCCGCGCUGCACGCUUCUCCCCCAGCCCCCGCGCCCAACUUUGGAAGAGGCAAGGCCAGGCACGGAGUGAAAGGCCCCCCCAGGCAGGCAGCAUCCCCUUCCUUCCCCUCCGCCGCCGCUGGGAGCCUGGCAACGCUCUCUUCCCAUUUCCUCCCGGGCUUGCGCGCGCGGCAGGAAGCGCCCGGCGAGAGGGGCGGCGCGGCGGGCCCUUACGGUAGCCCCAGCCGGCACUGGUGGGACGCGGUGGAGACGGGGCAGGGAGGUGCUAUCCGGCUCGCGGCCCGGACCACCCCGCCCGCCUGCGCGCGCGCACCUGCGUGCCCCUCCCCCGCUGGGAGUGUCCGGGGGCCGCUCCCGGUCCCGGCGCUCGGCGGGGACGCGGCGGGCACCGCCUGGGCGAGCGCCGGGACCCCGGAGCGGGCCAUGCGGGGCCGGCGGCGCGUGUACGGCGUGGAGCCGCUUGGCGGCCGGGAUGGGGCAGCGGAGGGCCUGGCACGUGGCUGCGUAGCGCCGGGAGUCGCCAGCACCUACCGCCGGAUCGCAGAGGCUACUCCCGCGCGCUCCUCGGGCUCCUGGAAGGGAGAUGGCGACCUGAGCGCCCUGCGGCGGCAGGUGCCCCUUCUCAAACUGGCCUCCCGGGACUCGGGAGUGGAGAUGGCAGUGGGGGACAGCCCCCUGGCCACCUUGCCUGCCUCUUCUCAGGACUCUCUGGACUUGGAGCCCGCCGGGAGCGCUGAGCCCCCCGCCCGGCGAGGCCGGACGCUGGCCAGCCAGAAGCUGCAGCAGGUGUUGGAGCGCUCCCGCCGCCUCCCACCUCCCCCUGCCGACUUGGCAGGACAGCGCGACUCCCCGCAGCCACCAGGCAAGCCUGAGUGUGGCGUGUACCUUUUUGAAGCAACAGAACAGGAGUGCACUGGGGCAGAAACCGACCCAGAGGCAGGCCUAGAAGAAGAGGUGGUGGCGCAGUUGGAGCCUGGAACGUGGGCCUGCCUCCCAGGGCAGGGUCUUCGCUACCUGGAACACCUGUGCCUGGUGCUGGAGCAGCUGGCCAGGCUCCAGCAGCUUUACCUACAGCUGUGGAGCCAGAGGCUCCCCGGGGAUCCCGAGGGGGAGGAGUCGGCCCUGGCUCCUGCACCUCUCUCCUCGGACAGCCUGGGAAGCGGGGUGCAGGGGCCGUGGGAGCUGCUGCACCAGACACGGCAGGCAGAAGGGGCGGAGGCCGCUUUACCCCCAAAGGUGUGGGUGCCCACUGCCAACCCUCCCAGGCUGCCGGAGGCCCCCGUGGAGCCAGCUAACUCCCCAUCCUCUCAGGGACAUAAGCGAGACAUCUCCCAUUGGGACAAGGUCAAGGUCUUGCUCAACCGGCUCCGCUGGAGGAACCCCCGACACCCGGAGCCCCUUGCCCUUCCUGGUGGUUCUGGGUCAAGGACUGGGUCUAGGGACCUCCCUGAAGGGCCUCAGUACCACCCCCACCGGAACACCUAUAUGCCAUCCUCAGUGGCUAAGAAGCAACGAGCCAAAAACCUUUCUGUAUGUUGAGCCCUCCUGGGGCACCUGGUGAUCCCGGGUGGAGCCUCCCUGGCCCUUGGUCCCGCUGCUGCUUUCUCUGCACUGCCAAGGAUCGGCUGCCGCCGCCUGUUCUUGUCUCUGGGCUCAGGGCUGAGUCUUUCUCCCGCCAACAGCUCGCAGCGGCUCCAGGCCUCCCCCUCUUUGCCAGAAGCUCCCGGCUUAGACCGUGAGAACGAACUUAUUUAUCAGGUGCCGGUGGCAUGCGUCUGGGCCCAGCACGUUGCAGCUGUGUGUAUGCACAAUAAUCUAUCAGUCUUUGCUGGGCCGUCAGUGGUGUCAACUGGCUGGACCCAACCACUUGUGCUGGAAUCAUGCGUCCCAAGCGCUGGUCCUCUGGCCCUUCUGAGCUGUGAAAGAACUGACCUCCAGACGGCAGUGAGCUGAUCCGAUACCGACUUGCGUCCUUGCACCUGCACGGGGGCCAGGGGACAGCUUUGGCUUGUCUGCGCCCUGCGUUGCGUCUUGCCCCUGGAGCAGGGCACCCUGAGCGGGGAGGGUCUGGGACCACGCGGGACGUCGAAGUUCUCGGUUGCUCUGCUCCUUGCUGGCUUUACCACGUCAGAGCUGAAAGCAGAGGCCCACGGCGACAGAUCUCUGAGCCACAGCCUCCCACUCGGGGUGAUGCCAGCCCUACCUACCUCACAGUCUUGUAAUGAGGAUCAAGUGAGAUUAAACCGCCUCAAAGUGC